AUGACCAUCACGGCAAGGAGCAUGGUGACAGUCGGCAGGCAUGAUGCUGAGGCAGCAGCGGAGAGAACGUACAUCUUGAUCCGUAAACACAAGCAAGCGAAACUGGUCCUUGGUGGCGGCGCCUGCAACUGCAUCUACUUGCUGACUCAGGGACUGCGGCGAGGAGGGUGCUGCUUGUGCCCUUCGUGGUCUGCAGAAGACUUAACAGAUGGUUCCUAUGAUGAUGUCUUAAAUACUGAACAACUUGAGAAACUUCUACACCUGCUGGAGUAAACUGGUGAUCCUCUAAUUACUGAAAAAGCCUUGUUCACCUUGGGAAAUAAUGCAGCCUUCUCAGCCAACCAAGGCAUUACUUGUGAGUUGGGUGGCAUCCCAAUCGUUGGAAACAAAAUCAACUUUCUGAACCUCAGUAUUAAAGAGAAAGCUUUAAACGCUCGAAAUAACCUGAGUGUGAAUGUCGAAAAUCAGGCUAAGAUACAGAUACACGUCCAUCAAGUUUGCAAGGACCUCUUUGCUGAUCCCCUGGACUCUGCUGUGCAGCUGGCCGGACUGACGACACUCUUAACAAACACGACCAUCACCAGUGACUACCAGCACCUGCUCAGCAGCUACAUUGACAGCCUGCUCCACCUGCUACUUAGUGGGCACGGGCGCACCAAGGGUCAGGUUUUGAAGUGGCUUUUGAAUUUGUCUGAGAACCCACCCAUGACAGAAGGAUUACUUCUGUCCCAGGUGGAUUCUUCAUUUCUUUCUCUUUAUGAUGGCCAAAUAGCAAAAGAGAUUCUUCUUCUGGCAUUUAUACUGUUUCAGAAUAUAAACAAUUGCCUCAAAGUGAAAGGUGGGUUAGCUAACCAGCUUCCUUUGGCUAAAGGGUCAUUGUUUUUCCUGUUCUAUGGAGAAGAAUGUGCCCAGAAGAUAAGAGCUCUAACUUGCCAUCUUGAUGUGGAUGUGAAAGAGAAGGCUUUAGCAAUGAAGCCGAAAUUCUGA